AUAGAUGUCAUCCAAACGAAAAACAAAAAAUCAGAAUUUGACAAUGUUUUCAGAGGAUCUCUUUAUCUGACAAUGAAUUCAGUAUACAAAUAUAUGAAAAGUGGUAUGUGAACCGUGAUGAGUUUGAAAAACUCAAACAAACUAAUAAUGAUUAUGGGGCUACGUUUUUGAAUGCCAACGUUACCCACAUUCUAUGUUUUAUAAGCUAUGAAUUUGCAUCUGUAGCACUAACAUAUAAUGCUGUAACGUCCAACAAUAAGUCUAUUUUAGAACUUUUGCUCAACUUUGCCGACUUUUAUAAAGAGAGAAAAGAUUUGAAAACGCUUUAUAUUACUUAAAAGUCGUUUUUAAGAUUUCAUAUUGCGUAUUCUAUAUUACUCAGGGGCACUGAACAACAUCAUGUGUCCACGAACCAGAGCUCAUCAACGCUGAUCUAGCUUUCGAGAUCAUAGCUUCAUGCCACGAACUGAAUAAAUGUACUAACUCUCUUUGGAGUCUCAUCCUCACUGCAGGGAAUCCGAUGUAGCUCGUAUAAAUGCAGUAUGUCUUAAGCGCUUCAACUCAUGUUGAACAAUUCAAGAAACGUAGAUCACGAUCACACAUAAAGCACACAAAAAAACAAAACCACGCUGCCUCCCAAGCAUACUACUAGAGAACGACUAUUUCAUCUUCUUGCAACGCCUCUUCCGGUGCUUCACUUUUGAUAUAGGAUAUCAAGUUCAGUGAGAGUGUUGUUUACUUCCAGUGCUUCUGCUAGUGCUUUAUCUCCUCUAUCGGUUAUUUCAUUGAUUCCAAGAUCAAGCUGAGUGAGAGUAUUGUUUACUCUCAGUGCGUCCGAACAAUAUAAUUGUUUACAAUCAAUACAAGAUCAAAUUCAAAAUAUAACUGGGGAAUAUUGGGAAUUAAAUGAUGAACAUCGAACAUUAAAUAUUACCGUAGCUAAUGCACUACGUGAACUUGAAAAUGUCAAAGCAUUAUAUACAACAUUGAAUAUUCGUGAACAAUCGGACAUAAUUAAACAAGCUGAAAUAAAAUUUACAUCAAUUAGUAAAGAAAUGGAAACAUUGACAGAUCAUUCAUCAACCGUAUUAAAUAGUUUUAAAAAUAUUAAAGAUCAAGCUGAUAUUCAUGUUAAACGAAUUGAAAAAGCAUCACCCAUUGGAAAAAAUCUAACAAAUGAUAUUAAUUCAGCAAGAAAUCAAGUAGAAAAGUUAAUGGAACAAUUGAAAUCAUUGUAA